AUGACUGAGUCUAAUACCCUCGCCCAUCCAGGUAGAUCGUCCAGGGAGGAUUCUCCCCAGAGUGGGGAAGAUGAGAUCGUCGAGCCCGAACAGGGAAAUGUUCUCUCGCACAUCAUCUCGCAACUGCGCCCCGGCGCCGACCUGAGUCGGGUCGUGCUGCCUACCUUCAUUCUUGAGCCGAGGUCCAUGCUGGAACGCAUCACCAACUUCAUGGCGCACCCCGAUACCCUCCUUCCCAUGCCCACGAUCGAAGACCCUGUCGAGCGUUUUGUUUCCGUGGUUAAAUUUUAUUUGAGUGGAUGGCACAUUAAGCCUCCUGGAGUGAAGAAGCCGUUGAACCCUAUUCUUGGAGAAACCUUUACCUGCUACUGGGACUACCCCGAUGGAACGCGCGGAUAUUAUGUCUCUGAACAGACCUCCCACCACCCGCCCAAGUCGAGCUAUUUCUUCAUGGCUCCCGAACACAACAUCCGGAUCGACGGAACUCUCAAACCCCGCAGCAAGUUCCUGGGCAACUCGGCAGCCAGUCUGAUGGAAGGGAUAGCGAUUUUGCGACUUCUUAACUGCGGCCAGGACAAGGACAGGGGCGAGCGAUAUAUCUUGACGCAACCGAACAUGUAUGCGCGCGGCAUCCUUUUCGGCAAAAUGAAGUAUGAGCUUGGUGACCACAGCUAUGUCCGAUGCCCGGAGAACAACCUUGUGGCCGAUAUCGAAUUCAAGACUAAGGGCUACUUCUCCGGUACCUACAACGCCAUUGGAGGAACUAUCAAGAACGAAAAGACUGGCGAGGUUCUCUUUGAAUUGUCUGGUCUCUGGAAUGGCGAAAUGCACAUCAAGAAUGUUCUCACCCACCAAAAAGAGGUUUUGUUCGAUGCCUCCCAUGCGAAACAUUCGAAACCGGUGGCGCGCCCAACCGAGGAGCAAGGAGAGCGUGAGUCUCAACGGUUAUGGGAAAAGACUGUCAAGGCCAUCUUAACCUCGAACCACGUCGCUGCUACGGACGAAAAGACCAAGAUCGAGGAUCGUCAACGAGAGGAGGCCGCCAGGCGCGCCGAUGAGGGUGUUGACUGGAAGCCUCGACUUUUCCGCGCAGUUCAGGGAGGGCCCGGUGGCUCCGAGGAGGGAGACGAGGAUCUCGACUGGAUUAUCAACACUGAGGUCGAUUCGCAUAACCCCCAACUUGCCACAAAACAGAUCAUGGCCAUUGCACCUAUCCUUCCAGGCCAAGCAGCAGGAGCGACCCCCGAGGAACCAGCGACCGAUAUCGUGGAACGACAGGACACAGAAACAGCAGCCGUGGAGCAAUUCGUGGAUGCAGAGGAGAACCAAUAA